AUUAAUCAAAACAUCUAAUAUCAUGUUUUUCCUUCGGCUUUCAGUCGCAUGCUUGCUCUCUAUACUUCUAGUAGAAGCUGAUGGUCUUCUGUGCUUUCAUUGUAAUCUUGUUGAUAAUCCCCUACAAUGUCAUUCUACCACUGCAUGUAACACCCACGAGGCUUGUCAUGUGACAGAGACUAUUGAUGAUAACUUUAAUCUGACCUACAGACUCGGGUGUGUUGCCGAGCAGGAGUGUUCCCAUCUUUCCCGGAGAUUCCAAGAUAAUAGGAGGAGUUUAUCUAAACAAUGUUGUAGCACAGACUUGUGUAACAGGGGUUAUCCAGGACUAUUGACCAAUAAUGCCCCUCCAACAACUUCUCUCCAGACAACCUCAUCCAGAACCACAACAACAACCCGACCCAAGACAACCGCCCAGGCAAUCAAACACACAACAAAUCAACAUUACACCAAUACCCAUGAUCACCAUACAAACCACACUAUAGAUGACAGGUGCCCCCAUGGACAUACAUAUGACGGUUACUGUUAUGUGCCCUCUAUACAUUACGGACAUCGUUGGAGCCAAGUAACACGACACAAUGCAGAUUCGUACUGCAGAAGUCAUGGUAUGACUCUACCCAGCAUCCAUUCACAAAUAGAGGAAGCAUUCAUACAGAGAAUUAUGACAAAAACUAUCUUCUGGAUCGGUCUCCAGAAUACACGAUGGGACGAUGGAACCUCAUUUAAUUUCAACCGUUUGGAUCACAAUAACUAUCAUUCUGCUUCAAACAGACAUUGUAUCGUCAUGGGCAAGGACAUGAAAUGGUGGGCUGUUGGAUGCGAUCAGCACCAUUACUUUUUAUGCAAAAGAAAGAUGGACCUAUCCGGAUAA